UUGUAUUUCUUUCUUCUGCACUAGUCCACGAACCUGGCAACAGCUAGAUUACUUGAUUUAAAGCACAGUAGACAGUGACAUUGUCACCGAUAUGCAGCGUUUUCCUGAGCGUUAGUGCAAAGGCUUGCUUUGUUUUCAGGUGGGCUCGUUGUCCCCUGCUCAGAGCAUCCGUGGAAUGAUGUCAUGGAAACGGGUGUGUGCGGCGGAGAGCCGCAGGAUUUCAUCUCUCAUUGGCUGAGCCCGAGCCUUACCCGCGCGCUCUCUCUUGCCUUCAGGGAGGGCGCUGGCUGCAUGUGUUCAGUCAGUCUCCAACAGAAGACACAAUAGAAGAUGUUCAUUAUGCUUUAUUUAACCAGAUUUUUGAUAUUCUGUGGUUCUGAGACAUGGUAUGUAAUUUGCGCUGUGUAAUUAAUCUUUAGUGCCAAAAGAAAGCGAUAAUUCUAUUCUAGUCUUUGAGGUUGUGCAUAGUUGAUAAUAGUUUUUUUUAAUUUAGUCAUUGACCAUGCAGAUAUAUUUCGAUCAGUACAGCUUUAGAGAAACUGCUUGGUUUAUAGUAAAAGGAGGGAAAUGCAUGCAUGCUGACAGGAAACGCUAACAUCUGUUUGCGUGCGGAGAGGUGUUGCUAUAGAAACGCAGGCAGGUAAGGACAUCGAGGAAGUGCAGACGAAGCUGGUAGAGGAAGAUUCAGCAAGAAAGAGGUCAUGAAUUGUUUGGGCAGCUCUUGCAGUUCUUUUUCAAAGAAAAGACUUCAUGAAUAUUGCAGCAGAUCAAUGACAAGAAAAACCUGUUGACUGCCAAGCAUUUGGCCCAUCUCUCACACUUAGUUUUCAUUUACAGACCUGGGAAUAAUGCCACAAGACUCUCCGGUCAGGAUUAUCUUCUGUUUGGCAACUGAAGUGACGGCUGAGCAAAAUCUGGUUGAGCCUGGAACCAUUUAGGACUUGUUAGAAGAAAACCACGCUUUCUUGGACACACAAACGCAACUGGGUUUUUGAGUUGUGCAAAUCAAGAUGCCCAUCUUAAAGCAGCUGGUGUCGGGGUCCCAGACCAAACGGCGCUCUCGUAUGGACCUCACUACUGAGAUGAUCAGCGCUCCCUUGGGUGACUUCCGGCACACCAUGCAUGUAGGGCGUAGCGGGGAAGCUUUUGGGGACACCUCAUUCCUCAGCACUCGAUCUGGAGAGCCAUCCCAAGAAGGUCACACCUAUCCUCGUUCUCCAAAGCCAGGACUCUUGUCUCGUACCUUUCGGAGCAGCAAGCGCUCUCAGUCCGUCACCAGAGUAGACCAACGAGACAAUACCCUCCUUCCUCCCAGCGAGUCACCCACCUAUGUGAAGAAUGCUAUGUCUUUGCCCUUUCUGAACAAUGAAGAAGGACAGGAGGCAGACAAGAGGGUGCUCAAGAGCUUGACCUCCAGCCCCUCCAACGGGGCCUCUGCUGAAGCACUGGACUUGGAGCUCCAUGAGAAGCAUUUCGGGGAGUUGACCGACCUGCGACCUUCCCCAUCUUACAACGGGGGAGGGUUGAGGAAAGCUGAAUCUGUGAUGUCAUUCCAUGUUGACCUUGGACCCUCAAUGCUGGGGGAAAUCUUGGGGGUCAUGGAGAAGGAAGACGAUGACCAGGGGUUUGAAGAAGGCAAGAGCAGUGAGGGACGUGCAUCUCCUCUUCACUGCAACCUGGGAGGAGUGGAAAUGGAUGAGGAAAUGACAGAGGUUGUAGUGAAAGAAGAAGAACCAGAGGGGUUAGUUGCUCAUAGCGAAGGUCCCAUGAGGGCUCCCAGUUCUGUUGACUUGGAGAUACAAAGCGAAGGCACCAGCACCCCAGAACCACACCACAAACACCCGCAUCAGCUCGACAGCUGCUCAGUUUCCAGCUCAGGUUCAGCCGCCUUGGAGGAGAAACCGACCAGUGAGCCUUAUGAGGAAGAUAUCGGAGUUACCGACAGCACCUGCAACCCAGACAAUGAACCAGCCUUCUCAUCCUUCAUGGAAGAUGAGGAUGAUGAGAUCCGAGUAUGAAACCCUACAAUCAGUAUACCUUUCUGAGACUAGAAUUUGACAUUGUGUAAAGAGGAGAAGUGUGGUGUAGAUGUAAGCACGUCGAAGCUGGACAGAUGCCUCAGGUUCCUGUGUCCCUGUAGAGAUAAAUUGGGGAGACUGCUUUAGCUCAGACACCAAAGCCAUCUGUCACACUACUGACCCAUGCCAAGACGAGCAGCUGGAUGUGUUGAAUCCAAAAGGGACCUGCUACAAGUUCCACUGAUAGCUCUGCUAAAGGAAAGACAUGCAUAGGGGAUACAUACAUCACCAAAACCAUAAAUAGAUUGUGCAAGCAGAUGCAGUUUUAAGCCAUUUUUACCAUAGUCCCAUGCAGGGUUUCCCACAGUUGUAAGCUGGAAAUAUCAGGGAUUUUUUAAAAAGGUUAUGGAUUUUUUCCAAGUUAUUCUCAGCUAUAAAGCAUUUCAUUUGUAAAAAAAAAAAAAAUGCGUUUUGUGUUCUCUAUGUAAUUGUUACAAAAUCCUUACCUGGUAAUCACAAGCAACUGGAAUGGUCAUGUAAAUUCAUUGGUCAAAAGAUGUGGGAUCCCUGCCUAUGACUUGGUGCCUAAAGAUAAUGGUUCUUUUGAUUUAAAGCACUAGCUUGUUCAGUGGCCCUCUGCAUAAAGGUACAUUAUCAAAGUUAAUGCCUGCAAUCUGCCAUUGACACAAAAGUAACGUGUCGGCAGAGAGCUCUUACGAGAUGAUCCAAAUGUUUUAUUAUACACGUUCUUGGGUUUGCAUUCUCAAAGACCUACAAAUACUUAAUCUAUAGAUUACAUAAAAUGCAGUCAUGUAUCCAGUAAAACUGUCAUUCAAGAGCUACUGUGGUUUUGAAGCUCAGGAAACAUCCUUGUGCAGCUGAUUGCACACUGCACUUGUCUGAGCUUGAAUGCCGAAGAUUUGAAGGUGGUGGAUGUUUGAGAACCUUUCCAGAGACUGAUCAUAGUCCACUUUUGGGAAGAGUGGCAACAGGUGUCCCUCCAUCAGAUCUCUUUUUUCAGUCUGUACGUGUUUUGCAUAGUAGUUGUUUGCUCAGUAUCUUGCAUAUCUCACCACUUCCUUCCUGCACUUCAUGGCGUGCAAGGGGAACUACUGCUGUUUAUUGCUGGAGUUUUUGAUCAGUUUGAUUGUCUCUGUCAUUGAAACAUUUAAACCAUUGGUUAAACAAUACGUGUCAUGUCAAGUACAACUAAAAAGUGAUUUGUCUGCUAGUAAACAUGAACACGUCAGUUUUAUUAAUUGAGUUAACUCUGACUUUAGCAAGUUAAGGCACUGGUAUUGCUCCUCAGUAAAUUCACUGGGGUGCUUUAAUACACUGUUGAGCAAAGACACUAAAAUUCAUUGGUUCCGUUUGACUUUUUCCAUUGUGAACAUAUAUGUCUACAUACAGUAUAGCAGAUAAUCGUGACUAAAAUGAGGCCUUUAGUACUGCGGAUCUUCGUGUGUGAAUUAACCGCAGUAGUCUGCAAGCUUACUGUGUCUAAAUUAAAGAUCAGGGCACUGUGAAGACCAGGAACAAGUCUUCGAUGUCAAGACUAUAGUAAGACGUGAUUUACAGGGAAUUCUCAGCUGCUUCACACUUGGGGUCACGUCAGCCUUAAGCAGAAAAGUGCCAAAUCUAAUCUAGCAUGUACUGCCUAGUAAGCCUGACUUUUGAAUAUCAUUUAACAUGGUGAAUGAAUUAGGCUUUGCCUUAAUCUACUAUUUCAGAUAUGGGCCAAACGAUCCAUCUUGGUUUGAUUACUGUAGACAGAAAUGCUUAGCAAGAAUUUACCUAAUUUGCUUCGAGAUGAACCUCAGGGACAGAGCAAAAGACAUGAGGUUAGCAUUCUGUUUUAUUUGCAUAGCCUUGUGCUAGCAGUCCAUUUUAAAUUUAGCCAGAUAAAAACAUAAGGAAAAUGAGAGAAGUCUGUUUAUAUCUGAAAUUGUGUGGCUGUGUGCGAGGUGGAUUUAGCAAAGGUUGUCUUCAUGUUUUUCCUCUACGUGAUAAUAAUGCUGUUUGUCUCUCCUAUCUUUGCUACAGUUUCUAUGUUCAUCAUGUAUAUAUUCAUGCUUGCCAGCCUUUUCGAGGCUGUAACCGCUAUAUUUUUAAAUAAAAGAAAAAGUCCAACAAAA